AAAGAAAUUGAGAGACACUCAGGAAGUUAACAGGGGAAGUUCGGUGGUUUCUUGCGUCAUCAUUUUAUGCUGCUACUUGUGUGCCGAUGCAGAGUGAAGGGUGAAAGACAAACCAAGCUAUGUUGUAACACUCCGGCUUUUACACACCAACUCGUACCAAUGCAGCAGAGCUUACCGAAGGAACAACCUGCACCCAACAACAUGCACUGAAGCAAAGCAAAAGGAAACAGAAACGACAGCAGCAGCAGCAGCAGCAGCAGGACGGUGAAAUCACUGAAAUGUACAGCGCCUCUGUACAGCCACUGUCACAUUAACCGAGUUGGUUAACACAUCCGAGAUCCACACAGACAGUCAGUCGGUCGGUCGGUCGGUCAGUCAGUCGAUCGGUCGCAAGCAGAGCAGCUCGGGCCGGUCUGAAUGUGAGGUGGAAACAGCCAACAGGAAGAGAUGAGGAGAGUUCGGAGAAAAGGAGGGAACAAAGAGAAGGUGUUUGGAUGUGAUCUGCUGGAUCACCUGAAUGCCUCCUCUCAAGAGAUCCCUCAGGUCCUGCGGUGCUGCAGUGAGUUUGUUGAGACACAUGGAAUCGUGGAUGGGAUCUACAGGUUGUCCGGCGUGUCGUCCAACAUACAGAAACUACGGGGAGAGUUUGAGAGCGACGGGAGUCCAGAUCUGAACAAGGACGUGUACCUGCAGGACAUCCACUGUGUCAGCUCUCUGUGUAAAGCGUAUUUCAGAGAGCUGCCCAACCCUCUGCUCACGUACCAGCUGUAUGACAAGUUUGCUGAAGCUGUGGCCAUCCAGCUGGAGGAGGAGAGGCUGGUCAAGAUCAGAGAUGUGCUGAAAGAGCUGCCGAGACCACAUUACAGGACUCUGGAGUUUCUUAUGCGCCAUCUUGUCAGAAUGGCAUCACAUUCCUCAGAGACCAACAUGCACGCCAGGAACUUGGCCAUCGUGUGGGCCCCCAAUCUGCUCAGGUCAAAGGAUAUUGAGGCGUCUGGGUUUAACGGCAGAGCGGCCUUCAUGGAGGUCAGGGUUCAGUCCAUCGUGGUGGAGUUCAUCCUCACUCAUGUCCCUCAGCUGUUUCCUGAACAAGGUCUGUUGAGUGAGAGGAGGAAGUCCCUCCCUUCCCCCACAGCAGCGUCCUGUCAGGAAGAAGGGUUUUUCAAAUCUGUUCCUGCUCAACCUGUCCCCAACUUUGGUAAUAUCAGCCCAGGAGACGGCCCUCUACCCAUAAGACCCUACCACGCUAUCAUUGAAGGCACUGACAAGAGGAAAGGAUCUCUCAAGGGCAGAAAGUGGAUGUCCAUCUUCAACAUCGGAGGACGAUUCCACGACCCACGACGGCGGCAGAAACACUCAGCCAAAGAGAAAGACGGACCCGUUUUGAGACCAGCAAGAAGCAUGGACUCCCUCAGCUCCCCGUCCUAUCCGAAUGAAGGUUCCAGACGUGCUGGCCAGCACCCACCUUCCACCAACCCCUCCACAACGUCACCCCUCAUCACCUCCUCCCCCAAACCCGGCUCAGAGGCGUCCACUGGUGCGAUAGGUGGCAGUGAAUAUGCUGUGACCUACCGCAGGGGAACCGGAUUAGUAAGCGGGGGGACCCAGGGCACUUACACUGCCCUUGACCCUGAGGGUUUGGGACUCGCAAGCAAUGAGAAUCUCCAGUCCAGAUCCCCAGGACUCUCCACUAAAGCAGGCCGAAGAGCAGCCAUGCACAUCACGGGGCCCACCUUAGUCACUGUGCCCCUGCAUAUCACCUCUAACCUGGCAUUAGGAGUGCUGCAAGGCGGCGGCGGCGACAGGGUCAUCCAUCGUGGCAAAGAUAAAGAAGGAGACAGGGUGGAAGGUAAGGAGGAAGGAGAGAAGGCGGAGAGGCGGGAGAGCAGAGUGGUGGAAAGGAAGGUGGAAGAUGACAGAAAGGCUGAGGAGAAGGAGAAUAAUCACAAUGGGAAAGUGGCAGACGGGGAAGAAGUUAUGGAUGCAGAAGGGAAUUCGGGCGCAGGAGGUGACAAUGAAGGAAAGAAGGAGGAGGAGGAGGAGGAGGACAGAGUGCAACGUCGAUGGAAGAAGAUGGGAGGUCGAAGUGUGUCCAGAGAGCAACGAGCCAAAAGCCUGACCUCCAACACUGAGGAAGAUGAAGUCAAGGACGGUGAUGAAAAUAGUGAAUACAUGGACAUGAAGGGAAUGAAUCCCACCGAUUUUCAGCCAGAGGUGAAUGAGUAUGUUUUUGAUGCGUCAGACGUCCUCAACUCAACUGAGGUGGAACAGGAUGACUUGGGGCUCUCCGGCUACGUUGAAGAUAACUUUGAAUUCCUGGACCAUAUGGACUGCAACGCCUCGUAUCAGGUGAAGGAGUUCUCUGUCGAACCUCCCGGUCACUCGGACGAUGAGUAUGAGCUUAUGGAGCAAAAUCAAUCCUCCAGUCCUCCUGCAGAGCCCCAGAGACAGCAGCAGCUUGACCCUGAGGCACACAGUCCCGCAGAGCUAAAGCCACACAGGCCGCUCAGCCUCGACAUACAGAACCGACACACUAAGUCCCUCAGCUUGCCUUACAUGACCUCACCUGUCCACGGACCAGACGAGUCCUCCUCUGAAGACGAGGCGGCAGGGGACGUCAGUUACGAUCACGAUUACAGCAGUGAGGACGACGAGUGCAUGUUUGUCAAGAGCCUGCCCCCUGAUUUCUUUCUGAACGACCACGAACGAUUUGAACCGGAUGUUGAACCCGACUGCUGCGAUCUUGAUGGAGUCCCUGUUGAUCGGUUACAGAUCUCUGAGGAAAGAGAACACCAGUCACCAAACACUGAAUUUCCUGCACAUAAAGAAUCGAAUGAUGAAGAUCAGGAGUGGGAAAGGAAGGACGAAGAAGAUGAGGAUGAAGAAAAGGAGUUAACAAAAAUGGAUGAAGUUGUUCACCAGGAGGGAGACCAUCCAGAAAACAACUGGCAAAGCAAAGUGACAGAGGAAGAUCACACAGAUCAACAUCUCACUUCAGAGGCAUCGACACACUGCAGCGAUGACUUUCCACCGCCGGGUGGUGACGAAUCGGGCACCACGGCUCACAUGAGGGUCACGGAGGAGAAAGAAGUUUCUGACAAUGCUCUCACUGAUUACCCACCUUGUCAUGCAGAUUCUUGUGUCGUACAGAAAGAAACUGUGGCCGAUGCUACGUCAGAGGAGUCCGGAGACCCGACUGUAGGGGCAGCAGAACAGCCCAGAACCUCUGCUAGAGAGGAUACAAACGAGAGAGACAGUGAUGAAGGAGAGGACAAGACGGUAUGCAAAGAAGUAGAGGACACAUGUCAAGAAACUGUUCUGGAAAUAAAAGAAGAUGAUGAGGGCAUGUGGGGAGAAACCACUGAGGAAGGCAAUGAGGUGAGAGCUGACAAAAAACAUGAAGAGAAGAUGCAGGAAGGUGACAAAGAGCAGGAUAUUGUAAUUUGUAGGACAAACAGUGAAAUCUGGGAUGAACUUGAGGAUGUUGUAUGUAAAGUAAUAGAAGAAGAGGAAAGUAAGCAGGCUGAGAAGACGAGUGGAGGACAAAGUGUUGCUGAGGAGGGAGAUAAGGUCGAAGAUGUGGCAGCUGGAAAGCAGGAAGAGCACAUAGCACGGGUUUCAGGAGAGAAAACGGUGGAAGUUGACGAAGCAGGGACAAACCAGAGAGAAGUUAGCGUCGAGGCAGCUGAAGCAAAGCUCAAAGACACGCAGAUGCAGCAGGAGUUUGAGGAAAAAGAGACGAGUGAACUAGAUGAGGCAAUUCAAGGGAAGCACGUCGUCAACGACGAGGCCCAGCAUCACGACAGAGAGGAAGUGAUUCCAAAUGAACAAGAGAAGAAUGACAAAGAAGGAGCCGAAGACCAGCGAAGAACGCAGCCAAGUGUAGAUCUGAUCAGGGCUGAUAUGAAGGUACUGAAUGAGGGCAGAAAGUGUGAGACAAGUGACUGCAGCCAUGGAGGAGUAGGAAGGAAGCUGGUCACUUCCAGACACCCGAAGGUUCACCAAGUCAAAGCGGUGCCAGUCGUGCCUCCGAAGCCGCAGCACUGCAAAAUCACCGCCCUGACCCUCCGACAGCAGCAACAGCAAAGGGAGAGAAGAGACGCCGACAGAGAGAGAGAAAACUCGCUGAAAGUCCAGACAGAGCGGGACAAAGACGAGGAGGACGGAGACGACGGCCGGGGGGAACGGGACAAGCCGACGCUCAGGGGAGGGGAGAGAGAGAGGGAGAGGAGGAGGGAUGGCGAUGAGAGUGCCGCCAUGAGGGACACGAGCAGGAACAGUCCCAUCAGCAUGUGUUUUGACGAGGCCGUCGCCAUAGCAACCAUGAGGCGGGAAAAAGAGAAGGAGUGUGAGAAGGAGAGGCAGAGGGAGCGGGGAAAUGAAGCACAGUGAAUUUCAUUUUUUUUUUGUCUGUAUAUUGAUUUAAACUGAUUUGACUAUACAAACUAUUUGUGUAGCACAGGGGCUUUAACUUCCCAGCACUGGCUGAGGAUUUUCUUCCAGUCUUUCUUACAGUGUUGUCCAUGCAGCACUACUAAAGAUGUAAAGAUUUAACAGUGUUAGCAUCUUAAACCCCUAAUGGCACCAGGACAUCAGGAAGCUAGUGAACAUCUGCAAGUGUGCUACCUGCUAUUAAAUUAACUAAACAAAAAGCAAGCACAGAGAUGGGAUUAAAUGUGAAGUGCUGCUGAAAUACAGUGAGGAUGAAAUGUUUGACAAUCCAUCUGAAUAAACUGAUGUUUUCUAUCUAAACCCA